AUGAUCCCGAAGGAGCAGAAGGACCCUGUGAUGAGUGCCAUGGGAGACUUCUCGGGACCAGUGCUGGCCAGUGUGGGAGACAGUGGCAUCUUCACACAGCCCAUCCCUUCCCUGGACCUGGGCAAGAAACUGAGUGUACCCCAGGACCUGAUGAUGGAGGAGCUGUCGCUGCGCAACAACCGGGGCUCCCUCCUCUUCCAGAAGAGACAGCGCCGUGUGCAGAGGUUCACCUUUGAGCUUUCCGCCAGACAACGGGAGAUUGUAGCAGGAAGUGCCAAAGGAAAGAUGACCAGAACCGGGGAGCCAGGGACGAUAGGAGAGCAGGCUGUCAACGGCCCAGGGGCGCAGGAGAACUACCGCUCGGAGCUGCACGUCUACCCGGCCGCGUCCGGGGUCCCGGGGGACGCGCGCUCCCCAGUCCCCACGGCCGAGCGCGCCCGCACCCCCAGCGCCCUGGCGCCGGGCUACGCCGAGCCGCUGAAGGGCAUCCCGCCCGAGAAGUUCAACCACACGGCCAUCCCGAAGGGCUACCGCUGCCCGUGGCAGGAGUUCGUCAGUUACCAGGACUACCAGGGCGAUGGCCGCAGUCACACCCCCAACCCUGCCGAGUACCGAAAUUUCAACAAGACACCGGUGCCAUUUGGAGGACCCCUUUUUGGGGAGAUCAUCCCCAGGGCAGCCACACCCUUUGCUCUGGAGCCCCUCAGUGGCUUGGAACUCCUCCGUCGCCGACCCAGCUUCAACAGAGUGGCCCAGGGCUGGGUCCGCCACCUCCCGGAGUCUGAGGAGCUGUAG